AUGUCGGUAUUUUCAAAGAUCUCGCUUUCGAGGAAGGCCGCGAAGGAGCACAAAGCCAAGGUCGCAGAGAAGGACAAGGACGUCAAGGUGCCAUACAAACAUGUACCAACACACGCAGCCGUUGAUGCCCUAAACGGUGCCCCAGCAACAUGGAGAAACGAGGAUCGUCCCAAGAUCAAGGAACAGCACAAGCGGAGGAGUCAUAUGCCAAGCACCCGGGCAACAAGUUCUCUCUCAAUAGCAACCACCUCUCAUCUUAAUUCUGCCGGGCCUAGCACUGGACCUGCUCCUUUGCCACGAAGUGGCAGUUACAACAAUUACAACCCGGCAUGGUUUGAUCGAGGCGUGGAUAGUUAUACUACGCAUGAGCCUGUCCAAAAGAGAUACAAGCCAUCUAGAGGUCACUCAUAUCACGAUCCCGGCGUUGGACCCAGUGCUGGACCUUCUCCUCUGGCUUCGAAUAUGCACAGCGAAGAUGUCACCCCCGCUCUCUCGUCUGGCAACAGUGACACUUCCGACUCUUCCGACAACCUCGAAAUUUCAGUUGGACCCAACCGAAACUACCAUAUCCCCCAGCGGCCUGACAGCAUUCGGACCGGCUCGCACUCCCAAAGUACAAACCGCAUGUCGCUACCACAAGGCACUGUCUUCCCCGAGAAAGAUAUAUUUUCACGAUUGCACACAAGUACCACACGAAAACUCGGCGAAGCGCCCUUAUAUGACAGCCCCCCGAUUGUGACAAACCCCCCCACGGCGGCAGUGAGCCCGGUUGAACAGACAUCGAAGAAGUCAAGAUGGAGCCUUCUAGGGAAAAAACCCAACGCCAAUACCGUAGCAUGA